AGUUAAGAAAAGAGAUUCGUCUCGACUCCAUGGUUUCGUUUCCAUUUCGGUUUUGAAUCGUCUAUUUUUUCCUUAACAUCGUAUUUAUAUUAUCGUUAGUAUCGAACCGGUUUUACGGCUUCUACAAUUUGUUCGUUGCUAAGGUCUGGGUGGGUAGAGAGAAACCUUGUGAUACAAGGAAGGUUGUCUUCGUACCUGGAAUAUUCAUACCGAAGCUUGUCUUUGUCUCUUUAGAUUGGGUUUGGUCUUCAAAAACUCACAUAGCGGCAAGAGAAAACGUCGAGGGAGUCACAGACCGGCGGAAAUGACGACGAGAUUCAAGAAGAACAGGAAGAAGCGUGGCCACGUCAGCGCCGGACACGGUCGUAUCAGAAAGCACCGCAAGCACCCCGGAGGUCGCGGUAUCGCCGGAGGCAUGUACCACCACAUGAUCCUCUUCGACAAGUACCAUCCCGGUUACUUAUGUAAAGUCGGUAUGUGGUAUUUCCACAAGCUCCGCAACAAGUUUCACUGCCCGAUCGUCAACCUCGACAGGCUGUGGUCGCUCGUCCCUGAGGACGUGAAGGCGAAGGCCACGAAGGAUAAGGUGACGUUGAUCGACGAGACGCAGCAUGGGGUCUUUAAGGUGUUGGGGAAAGGUCAUUUGCCUGAGAACAAGCCUUUUUUGUGAAAGCGAAGCUUAUCUCGAAGACGGCGGUGAAGAAGAUUAAGGAAGCUGGUGGUGCUGUUGUGCUCACUGCUUAGGUUUAUCGAAAGGUUCCUUCUCGUUUUGCUUCUAUUGUUAGAUCUUUGUCUCUGAAGUUGUAGUUUUGAAUCUUUGUCGGAAUUUUUAUUAUGGUUUUAUGACAUUGAGAUGUGCAUGUGUUGAAUACUUGCUAGCAUUUGCUUCGGACCAAUGUUAGAUGGGUCGUUAUAAUGCUUGUCUAGAUUGGUUAGCUUUCAUGUUUAGUUUGCUUAAUAAUUAUCGAUCACGCAAAACUGCUGUCGAGAUGUGUAGUUUGGACUUUGGAUAUAAUUGACAGUUCAAAAGCAGAAAAAACAGGAAGCGUCUUGAUGCCUCUCCCCCUUCCCCUCCAUCCAUCAUGCAGUAAUGCUUAAUGUUUGGUUUACUAAACGUGUUUCUCUAGUUACCUUUGCUAUUAGUCCUUUCCUCUGAUUGUUGAUGAGCUUGUUUAUGAAAAUCUUGUGGAGUCGCGUUAGCUGCUAAAAUGUUCAAACUGUGUUAGUUGUCCAAAUCGAAGUAUUAAAUUAUGUGUUAAACUGUGUUAAAAUAAGCCAAUUACGCAAUACAAAUCUAUAACAUAUUCAAUAACAAUCCAUAGAAAGUAUGAUGGGAUUUAUAAAUCAGAAUAUAAUAU